CGUCCAAUGUCUCACGGCAACAUCUAGGAGGGGAGGGAGGCAGGCGGACAGACCGCUCCUGCAUUCCACACCACACAACCUCUUUUCCUGCCGACCCUUCCCUCCCCUCCGCACCGCGCGGCUGAGCUGGCAAUGUUUAUCCGGCCCGCAGCGACAUUGAGAGUUGUUUCGCGGGCCACUCUCGCAGAAGCACCAUUGUCGGGAGUAUCCCGCACCUGGCAGAAGCACCACCAUGCCGUGACCAUCACAAGCCCGCUCUACUGCCUCCGGCGAGUCGACUGGAAACAGCACGGGCUGACCCGCCAGAUCCGGCAAAAUCAUACUUUCGGGCAGCCAUUUAGAGAAAUUUCAGUGGCCGUCCCGUUUUCUGCUCAAAAUACUGCGUCCGGCGCUUCCAGAAGGCAAAUUGCAAGCGUAGCGUGCGCUGCGCGUGCGAGCAUGGAUACCGGCGGCGAUCGCGGCGAGGGAUGGCUGGUGGGAGCCAUCGACCAGGGCACGACGAGCACGCGCUUCUUCCUCUACGACGAGCACCUGCGCGUCGUCGCGUCGCAUCAGAUGGAAUUCGAGCAGAUCCAACCGCAGGCCGGCUGGGUGGAGCAUGAUCCUAUGGUGAUCCUCUCAACAGUCCGCGAAUGCAUGGAGGGAGCGAUAGCAGCAGCGCGGAGCAAGGGGCUAGAGGUUGGGCCUGACACGGUCAGGGCAGUGGGGCUGACCAAUCAGAGGGAGACAACUGUCGUGUGGCGCAGGAGCACGGGGGAACCACUCCACAACGCCAUAGUGUGGAUGGACGUGCGCACGAGCGCCCUGUGCCAGCGAUUGGAGCAGCAGCUGCCGGGCGGCAGGGACGAGUGGAGGGGAGUGACGGGGCUCCCCCUCAGCACCUACUUCAGCGCCCUCAAGCUGACGUGGCUGCUGGAGGAGGUGCCAGCUGUCAGGCAGGCAGUGGAGGAGGGCGACGCGCUGUUCGGCACCAUUGACACGUGGCUCAUCUGGAACCUGACAGGUGGUGCCACCCACGUGACGGACAGCAGCAACGCCUCGCGCACGCUGCUCAUGGACCUGAGGGCUCUGCAGUGGAGCGAUCCCAUCUUGAAGGCUCUGAACAUUCCCAGAAGCAUCCUCCCGAGCAUCAUUUCCAGUGCUGAGCACAUCGCCCCAAUAACCUCCUCAUGGCCGCUAGCCGGGGUGCCUCUAUCGGGGUGCCUAGGGGACCAGCACGCAGCCAUGCUGGGGCAGCGGUGCAGCCGGGGGCAGGCUAAAGCCACCUUUGGAACGGGGUGCUUCAUGCUGCUCAACACAGGACCCCAGGUGUGUGCAUCCCAGCAUGGGCUUUUGAGCACAGUUGCCUUCCAGCUAGGGAGUAGGAGGGAGGGAGGCAGAAGGGAGGGGGGUCGAGGGGAAGAGGGAAUCGCAUGGGAGGAAGCCAGCAGUACUGUAAGCAGUGCCAGCAGUGGCAGCAGCAGUGGGGGCAGUGGCACGUGCUACUACGCGCUGGAGGGCAGCAUCGCCAUAGCAGGGGCGGCGGUGCAGUGGCUGCGGGACAACCUCGGGAUCAUCUCCAGUGCCCAGGAGGUGGAGCCUCUUGCUGCCUCUGUGCCCGACACAGGAGGCGUCUACUUCGUCCCCGCUUUCAGUGGUCUGUUCGCCCCACGGUGGAGGGAGGACGCCCGAGGGGUGAUAGUGGGCUUGUCGAGGUUCACAACGAGAGCGCACAUCGCAAGGGCUGUGCUGGAGGCGAUUGCCUGGCAGACCCGGGAGGUUCUAGAUGCAAUGCGAUCAGACGCGAUGCAGUCAGGUGCAGCUGGAGUUGGCAGCAGUGGCAGCUCUGCGAGCAGUGGUGACAGCGACAGCAGGGAGGGCGAAAGCGAGCAGUUUGUUUUGAGGGUGGAUGGAGGGGCGUCAGUCAACUCCUUGCUCGUGCAGAUGCAGGCUGAUUUCCUUGGCUGCCCCGUGCAGCGGCCAGCCGACAUAGAGACAACAGCACUGGGAGCAGCACUUGCGGCAGGGAUAGGAGUGGGGCUGUGGAGGGAAGAGGAGGUGCUCGGGGGUAAGGUGGGGGGAUACGGACAAAGCGCGGAAGAUGGGGGGAGAGGUGAAGAGGGGAUCGGAGCAUUGUUUCUGCCGUUGAUUACGCCAGAAGUGAGGGAACAGCGGUUUGCUUCCUGGUGCAAGGCGGUGGAGCGAUCGCUGGACCUCAAUGAUCUCGCAUGAAAUGUAACGUAAGCGCCCGGAUAUAUGACUCAAGGGUGUUACAUCACAUACCACCAGCAAUUCUGGGGGGUACGAGUCUUGUAAUGAAACAUUGAAAUACAUUUCUCAGGCCGUACACGUGGAAUUCAAUUUUCAACGUGCAGUUCUGUACCCAUCCAUGGCCCAAAAUAGGUUUUCGGCCCUCCCUUCAAUUGAAAUCAGGGUCACCCCUGUUGACG